AUGGCAGAGAGUAAUCGAGAAAUCAGUUGUAACAAUGCCGAGUGUCACAUACCUGCUAUUGACAAUCAAUGUGCUGCCUUAUUGCGAAGUCCAACUGAAUGUUCUCAACCAAGCGAAAAUGAUAGCCUAUCACAUAAAGGGCCUAAAUCAACCAAGCAUACAACAACAUACACUAAAUCGAAAUUACUUAAUCCAGAAGGAAUCACGCAUCACGUCGGCAAGCCAAGUAAACACUACGAUAAACUAAGUUAUUCUGAUUGGAUAAGUCGAUUCCCUUUGAUUGAGCAGUUUCCUAAACAGCUAAACCAACAUGACGAAAUAAAAGGCAAAGCGAACAAACAAGGAAAAACUCAUCUUAAGAAAUUACAGAAUGGACUCGCGAAACCCCCACGAUCGCAAAAGG